AUGCCUGCAAUCGCAAAGUGGAGAAUGUGGAUGUGGUUGAGCGAAGGUUGGGCGACACUGGGAAAUGGAGAAAAGCCUCGAAGUUUGACACAUUCGCGACCAGAAGAAGCCAGUUCGGCAGUGCCGUCAGCCAGAGAGCUGGUGAAUCAGCUUCGGGUGACGCCAUCGGAGACGGACUUCCUGAAAACUUUGCCGCAAAUAUCUUUGUCCAUUCCCAUGAUAGGUCACAGUGAAGGUGCAAGCCCUGUCAUGGCGUACUAA